AUUUUCGCGCCGUGAUCGUCGACAGUCGCAUGCGAAGCGCAUUGCGAACAGACGCAGAGUCGCGCAGUGUGUGUCAGAUAAGAAAAUAAUGUACAUCCGGAGGCAGUUUACUGAAGCCCAGAAGAUUGCUCUUCUGGAUUUUCUGGCCAAAUACCCAAAGCUGCGCAGUGGUGAGUACGAUGAUGAGUUUGGACGCAAGGAUGCGAAGAGAUUGUGGGAAAAGGCGGCGCAAACGCUGAAUGACGUUCCGGGAGCGAAGAAGAGUUGGGAACAGUGGCGUAAGAUUUGGCACGAUAUUCGGAGAAGACAACCUCACUAUCUUGCGCGAUUCGGUAACACGGGCAGUUCAAAGUCUCCCUUGAAAACAAACUCUAGCAGGUUCAAGAGUGAUCCUGAUGGUCGCAAGAAAACCCCGAAAUUGAAUAAUGAACAGAAGGAGCUGCUAAUUGACUUCAUGCUAAGUCAUCCUGAACUGCGAACUGGCAUAAUUGGUCCGCAUUUCACAUAUGUUGACGCUCGGCGAGAGUGGAUGAUCUUAACUGAAUUCAUGAGGAAAGUUCCUGGACCGACGAAAACAUGGAAACAGUGGCGAAAGGUCUGGCAUUCGAUGCGCACACUAAUUGAGUAUCAAUUGGCAGCGAAACAGAAGCAAAGCACAGCAGAAACAUCAAAUGAAAACUUAGUCAUUCAACAUCCAAAUCUCAGCAUUGUCAAGGAGGAAUUGGACAUUCCUGAAGAAUAUCCUGAUAGUCAAGAAGAUGUGGACAUUGAUGUUGAGUCAAAUAACAGCAAAGAGUUUGAGAAUUCGGUGAUUGAACUGCCAGAACCAACUGAUGAUUGCAAUUCCAAAGAGGCUUUCUGCAUUUCCGAUGUCUUCAAUGACUCCACAGAUGCCAAGAGUUCUUGUGAUACACGCCAGGAGUUCCAGGAGCAACAACUCAACCUCUUGAGGAGACAGACUGAAGCUCUCGAGGCCAUGGCUGAGGAUAACAGCAGGCAUCACAGGAACUUUGAGAGGCAAAUGGAGAAUCAAGAGAAAUUAAUGAAAAUCAUGGAAGAACUCAUGAAGAAACUAACUUAAUGAAUUGUUUAAGAAGA